GUCGGGCAGAGGAGAAGAAGCAGGAAGAGCAGCAGCCCCAGACGCUGCCAGCAGAAUUGGUCCCCGCUUCCUCCGAAGCCGAGAUGCCUCCGUCGGACUCCAGGCGGAGUCGGCCCUCCUGGGGGAUCGCGCAGGAGGGCGAAGGGAACCCCAGCUCCCCGGGUGCAGGCAUGCCAGCAGCCACGCAGACUGAGCCUUCUCCUCUUGCUGGUGGAGGGGCACCUGUGGCACCUGACCAGGGUCUGGUGACGUUUGAGGAGGUGGCUGUGGAUUUCACAGAGGAGGAAUGGGCCUUGUUGGAUCCAGACCAAAGAGCCCUGCAGUGGGAAGUCAUGGUGGAGAAUUAUGGGAUUCUGGCUUCCCUGGCAGGAGGUGGGUGGAAGAAUGGGAAUGAAGUAACACCGUGCGCGGUCUCCUUGGAAAAAGCCAGACGUUCAGAGUGGGAAGAGAAGAAAAGGGAAACUGAGAAGAGGGAAAAACCCUUCCUUGCUUCCGGCGUCUGCAAAAUCGCAAUGCACGAAAAGACGGACACCGAAAAGAAGCGGAUCGUGUGUGCCGUGUGCGGGAAAAGCUUCAGCCGCAAAUCGCACCUUAACGAACAUCAGAGAAUCCACACUGGGGAGAAACCCUACAAAUGCGCCGAGUGCGGCAAGAGCUUCCGCCGGAGCACAGACCUCUCUUCUCAUCAGAGAACCCACACGGAAGAGCAGCGGUUCAAAUGCUCCGAGUGCGGGAAGAGUUUCCGGGGGAGCUCGGACCUCCGGUCUCACAAGCGGAUCCACACCGGGGAGAAACCGUACGCCUGCUCUCUGUGCGGGAAGAGCUUCAGCCACAGCAUCAGCCUCAACUCUCAUCAGAGAAUCCACACAGGAGAGCAGCCGUUCAAGUGCUCCGUUUGCGGGAAAAGCUUCACGCGCAACACGGGCCUGACUCUGCACCACAGAAUCCACACCGGGGAGAAGCCGUACACUUGCUCCUUGUGCGGCAAGAGCUUCAGCCACAGCAAGAGCCACGCCAUCCACCUCAAAGUGCACGCAGGGGAGAAACCCUACACGUGCUCGGAGUGUGGGAAAAGCUUCAUCGGGAGCUCGUAUCUUAAGUCACAUCAGAGAAUCCACACAGGAGAGAAGCCCUAUACGUGCCCUGUAUGUGGGAAAAGCUUCAGGUGGAGUACAAACUUUAACGAACAUAAAAGAAUCCACAGGGGGAGAAUAUGCUUUGAUUCUUAUUAUUUGCAGGUCCCCCCCCCCAGAUGCUGCACAGAUGGUCUCCACCUCCUGCCCUCUCCAUCCAGGGAUCCGGGCCUGUUGGGAGAAGUCGCUGCUGAGUUCCCCAAGACAGAGGAGACAUCGCCAGAGGAUGCCACGCGGAGGCUGUUGUUCAGGUGGAUGGUGCAGGAGGGCGAUGGAGGGGCCGCCAUGCCAGGUGGCGGAAAGUCGCUGGGAAUGGCUACAGAAUCGUCUCCUCUCUGUGGUGGAUCAGAAGCAGCCUCUUUGCAGCUGGAUCCGGUUCCGGUGACGUUUGAGGAGGUGGCUGUGUAUUUCACGGAGGAGGAGUGGGCCUUGUUGGAUCCGGGCCAAAGAGCCCUGCAAUGGGAAGUCAUGGUGGAGAAUUAUGGGAAUCUGGCCUCUCUGGCAGAUGACGCCUGGGUGAGCCGUAACGAGGGAAAGCCUCAUGGAGCAUCCUUUAAAAGGGCCCGAUGUACAGAGGGGGAGGUACAUAGAAGGACAACGGAGAGCAAAGCAAAAGAGAUAAGGAGGAACAAAUCUUCUGCUUUUGAAGGGAUGUUUUCCCCUGAAAUAACAAUUCAAGGGGAAAUGAGCCAUGUGAAAACGUCAUUUCCGGAACCCGACUUUGACGAGGCAGAAACCCAAGAGGAAAGAAGUGAAGGCAAGAAAAAGAUUGAGUGUGAGGUGUGUGGGAAAAGCAUUAGUAAAUCGCACCUUAACGAACACAAACGAACCCACACAGGGGAGAAACCGUUUCAAUGCUCGGAGUGCGGGAAGAGCUUCAGUCGGCGGGAACACCUUACUUCUCAUCGGAGAACCCACACAGAGGAGAAGCCUUACACGUGCUUGCAGUGUGGGAAAAAUUUCAAACACAGGAAAAACAUGACAUCCCAUCAAAUUAUACACAGUAGGGGGCUAACUUGCAACUCCUCGGAGUGUGGAAAUUGCCUCAGUCCCAGCCUUACUUUGCAGCACCACGCUGUGGAGAAACCAUUUAGAUGUUCAGAGUGUGGCAAGAGCUUCAGUCGGAGCACAGACCUGAGGUCACAUCAGAGAAUCCACACAGGGGAGAAACCGUACUCAUGUUCACUGUGUGGAAAGAGCUUCACCCACAGCCGGAGCCUGAGCUCCCAUAAAGUCACGCACACAGAGGAAAGACCGUUUGAGUGCUCGGAGUGUGGCAAGAGCUUCAGUCGGAACACCAGCCUUACUAUUCAUCAGAGAAUCCACACAGGGGAGAAACCGUAUACCUGUUCCCUGUGCGGGAAGAGUUUCAGUCACCGAAGAAGCCAUGCUAUUCACCUAAAAGUGCAUGCAGGGGAGAAACCUUUUACAUGCUCAGACUGUGGGAAAAGCUUCAUCGGGAUUUCGUACCUCAAAACACAUCAGAGAAUCCACACUGGGGAGAAGCCGUAUACAUGCCCCGUGUGUGGGAAGAGCUUCCGGUGGAGCACACACUUCAAAGAGCACAAAAAAAUCCACGUGGAGGAGACUCUGGUGAAUCCUAGAAAUGCCUGGAUUGUGGAGAAAACUCCCAAGAGAGCACAGAUGGUCGUGUCAGGGGAUUCACUCCCAGGAGAAAGGACGGACUUUGAUUUUCCCACGCGGCGGCCUCCGGAGGGUCCGGCUGGAGUGCGGAGCGCCUUGCGGGUGCGCGGCCGAGCAGGGGCCGCCCUGGGCGGGAGGCGCAAGGAAAGGAAGCGAGGCUGGAGCCCCGGCUCGGAGAGCAAGAAAGACCAUUCUGUUCUCGCUGGGUGCUGUGCUAGAUCGCGGAUGGAAGAACAGGACUCUGCCAGCCCUGAUCCGGAAUUAAAUUGCCUUGCCACCCAGUCUGAGACCAGAGGGGAAUUCUGGGAAAGGAGCCUGCAGAAGAUGCCGGACCAAAAAGCCCUUUCUUUGGAUGUACGUUGCUGGAGGUUCAGGCAUUUCUGCUACCAGGAGGCUGAGGGACCAAGAGAGGUUUGCCACCGACUCCGCCACCUUUGCCAUCAGUGGCUGAAGCCGGAGAGGCACAACAAGACCCAGAUUUUGGACCUGGUGAUCCUGGAGCAGUUCCUGGCUGUCCUGCCUUCGGAGAUGGAGAACUGGGUCAGAGAUUGUAGGCCGGAGACCAGUGCUGAGGCAGUGGCCCUGGCGGAAGGUUUUCUCCAGGGCCAGGCAGAGGACAACAGGCAGGGAGAGGAAGAGGUGUCAGGGCGACUCCUGGAGGCAGCCGUGACUUUCCCCAGGAAAGAGGUGCCUUCGUUCCGAAAUUCCCAGCGGCAGCUUGAUGGGGAAUUUUAUCCAGAGAAGAAAGAGGGAACCAGUCUGAUGGGUAACAAUAGGCAGGAGAGCGAGGAUGAGGCGGAACCUUGGGAAGUAUCAGCAAAAAGAGACGAGCGUCUGGAGAUGACCGAGAAAGCUGAAGCUCAAAAUUCCCCGGUGAUGGAGGAGGGAAACGCAGUGGAGAAUUGGUGGGGUGAUCAUGAUGGGGAUUCCUCUAUGAUCCCAGUUCAAAAUGAGAAAAACCGUGGGAAGAGAGAGUAUAAGUGCCCUAAAUGUGAGAUCACCUUCAGUAGUGAAUUAAACCUGGAGGGACACCGGCGAACUCACACCGGGGAGAAGCCAUAUACGUGUCUGGAGUGCGGCAAGAGCUUCAACUGGAGCACGAAUCUGAUUAGACAUCAGAUAAUACACAGAGGGGAGAAACCUUACAAAUGCACAGAGUGUCGGAAGACCUUCAACUGGAGCACGCACCUUAUAAGACAUCAGAGAAUCCACACCGGGGAGAAGCCGUACAUAUGCCUGGAGUGCGGGAAGAGCUUCAGUUCAAGCACCAGCCUCGCGUACCACCAGAAAACCCACACGGGGGAGAAGCCGUACAAGUGCUCAGACUGCAGCAUGAGCUUCUGCGUCAAGUCCAGCCUUAUGAGACAUCAGAGAAUCCACACGGGGGAGAAGCCGUACGGUUGCUCCGACUGCGGGAUGAACUUCACGGCCAAGUCGGACCUCACUCUGCACCAGAGAGUCCACACGGGGGAGAAGCCGUACAGAUGCUCCGAGUGCGGGAAGAAAUUUGGCCGGAGGAUAAACCUCACUUCCCAUCAGAGAACUCACACGGGGGAGAGACCGUACAAAUGCUCAGAUUGCGGGAAAAGCUUUCGCAACACGUCGCACCUCCUUCGGCACAGGCGGAUCCACACGGGAGAGAAGCCUUAUAAGUGCCUGGCAUGCGGGAAGCAGUUUGGUCGGUGCGAGCAACUCGCUUCCCAUCAAAGAACUCACAUUGGGGAGAAUCCCUGAAAGCGCAUGGAAAACGUUUCAGUCAAUAUGCUGCCCUCACUCCACAUCAGAGAAGUGCGCUCACAUAAAACAGUAUAAAU